AUGAACAGAGAUCCAGGACCUUUACGUUUCGUGCGCAAGUCAGGUGAUCAAAUCAAAGUAACCACACGCAGUCAACCACAAUGGCAGCAUCAGCCUUACCAACUAUACCGGACGCCGGCGCAGUACUCCGCUGAGCCUCGUGUAUUGAGACCUCAAGGGUACUAUGGUUCGGAAGACGAGUGGUACGGCCACCCUAGGGAUGAAGGGUAUGGCGGAGGAGCAAGAGAGGGAAAUCGCCGAUAUGUGCCGCAACCGGCCGCCCGAAGGAGAGUUGUGAGGACUGCAGGAGGUCGCAGGGCUGCAAACGAGACAAGUCCCGAGAGGGUCGGUAGGAAGCGACCGAACACUUUUUAUGAAGCUCACGAAACUGCGGAUCCGCGCCCCAACCCGGUUCGAAUCAUCCCUGAGAGCUAUCCUGCAGAGGAACUCCCGACGGAGACGUUAGAAUCUGGGCGUCGUCCCAAAGAAGAAGAAGCUGUCAAGACUAAGGUUAGCUUUCAGGACGAGAUCCGUCCCGGUUCCCCAAGGAGGUACGGGCCCGACUGGUUCAGGGAACCCGAUGUGGCUUUUGGGAAACAGGAAAACACUUGGGAGGCAACACCGAGUGCUGAUGGUGAUCCUACUGACGAUUCGUCCGAUGGAUUGUUUGCGGUACCACUUAGUUCUCAAGAGGUUCCGCAAACAGUCGAUCGGCCAAGUCUCGGUCUAAGUAACACCGCACGGCACAGACGAGAUGAUAUCGCAAAAGAUCCGCUGUGGUGGUCCAAGUACCUUGAACGACCUCGGCGAGAGACGUUCGCAGAAACCGUCACCCCCGCAUCUCCUCGUAAACACGGACGUUAUGAAGACGCUCACGGCCCGGCUAGCUAUCGUCGGACAGCUUACGGAACAGCAUCGUCUGUCGAUGACAUGGUCUUGGAUCUAGACAUCUCCGACGUCAGCUACGAUUUCAUCUUGUCAUCUAGCAGUAGAAGCCCCUGGAACAAUAAUACCACGUCCAGUCCGAGUCCCGACAUGUCUGAUGAGCGCGUCGACGUAGCAGAUCCCGGCGUAUCUCCAACCCAGCAUGAGCCGGGAUCCGAGACUACAUUCAAUGUGAUGCAUUCUAACUAUCUCGAGGACGGAGCUAGCGGAGAACAGCCUGUCGCUGAGAUGACAGUAGAACAGGAGUCAAGGCCUAUCAAGGGGUUCCCCGGUCUGUUCCGAUGGAUCCAUUACAAGAGCUCAGUCAUGAACUUCACGGCCUUUACGGAGAGUGUCGCCAAUACUAGUGGACUGAGCAGUGCUGGAAGAAAGUUCAUCUCCAGCAAGCUCAAAGGCAUACAGAAACAAUCCGAGAAGCCCUUGCGAACUCAAAACGGCGCCCAGGGAAAGUAUCUGGAACCUGUUUUUAUGCAAGAACUUUCGUUCUCCACUCACUCCAGCAAUGCUAAGACGGAGCCCAGCCUGACAUUGCUCUGUCUGCCGUACUUCUGCCUCGAGCGGUACUCUACGAACACUCUGCCGGAAGGCUCAAGAUUUCACGCGAACUUGCUUGAACUCGAUGAAAAUCAGAGGGGCGAUGCCAUUGAACGUUUCGGUGUCGCUCACGGCGACAGAUUUAUAGGACAUAGCGAUUGGCCUGCUAUCUUGCAAGAAGCUGAGAGGACGACGAUUCGGCUUUCAUGGCGCUCAAGGCCUUACGAGCACAAUAAACAGUCCUCAUACGAUAAAGCGAGCGCAACCCGCGGACCGUCCGCAUCAGAGACGAGCGGAACGUCAAACCUUGUGGACGAAGACGGAACAGCCGGCCAAACGUCCAAUUCGCACCCGUCAGCUGAUGUGGACCAGGGGCCGUUCAAUAAUUUACACAUCUUUGAUCGAUUUGCAACUGUACCCAACGAGAUCCCCUCAGCACCGGACGUUAAGACCCAGAAAUCUCAGUCCAACAGGAAAUGGCGAGUAGACCAAAAACGGCGCCAAGAUAUCCUUCAAGAGAUUCACCACUACUUGUCAAAUGAAACACGGGCUGCGGACCGUGAAGCUUACAGGAGGUUCUCCGGAAGUAAGAGCCUCAUCUCAGUUGAACGUGUCAAGGAAUUGUUGCAUUCGUACAAGAACAGUAGCAGCGACGAUGGAGUAUUGCGGCGGCAGAAAAUUACGUUCGUGGAACGUGCGAUGCAAGCGUUCGAGCUGUUCCUCCCUUUGGAUGUCGAUGCGCCUACCACCUCUGUGUACUGGACAUGUGUGUACCGUAUUUUUACAGAGUUUCCUGAAAAGCCUGUAACGACGCCAUCAUACCUUGUAGACAUUCCGUUUACGCCUGUCGACAUUCCUGACAAUAUCUCCUUCGCAUCCGAAGGCGUGUUCGCCUACUUCAAGGACGUGAAGAGUGUAUUUUCAGAAGACGAAACCCUCUAUUCCAGGCCGCUCGUCCUGCCAGAUGAAUUCGCGAGAGCCUGGAUGCAUUGGCUUCUCAGUAUGGUCCGUUGGGAACCCACCAGCACCGCAUACGUGAGUCAUUGUGUAGAGUGCGUAAAUCUUAUCAGCGGUGGCGUGUCAAAGUUACAACGAAGUUUGCCGAUCACCAGAUUGGCAGAGAAGGAGGCAGCGAUGCCACUAGGGAUCAUGUCUUUAUUGAUGAAACGAGUUCUGGAAGACUUCACGCAUCCACAUCCAGAUGUAAUAACGUCGUAUUGGGACUACUUUAACCAGCUGUCCCGUAACAUUGAGGAAGAUCCAUACAACAGGGCACACCAAAGGAGUAUUAGCUUCCUGAGGCAGGAGGUAGAUGCUAUCACACGCGUUUUGAACGAGCAGAUACAGAUCCUGGAGAACUUUAAGAGCGGGCUCGAAGUUCGCGUUGAUUACAGCCCUAAUUCGCUUAACCUAGACGGCGACAGAGUUGAGGAUCGUGUGGUGUACGGCUGCUUGGCAUCUGUCGGAGGCAAACUGAAUAGCUUUCAAGACAUGAGGAACCAGCUCGACAGUUUGCAGAUAUGGAACAUCCAAAUGAUUGAUUCGAACAAGGACAGACAAGAAACUGCUCUUUAUGUCUUCACUAUCGUGACAGUCGUCUUCCUUCCACUCUCCUUCGUCUCCGGCUUCCUCGGGAUGAACACCAGCGACAUUCGCGACAUGUCCAGCAAACAAUGGCUCUUCUGGGUCAUCGGAAUUCCGCUCACAUCUAUCAUCAUCAUUGUCGGCCUUAUGUGGGUCGGUGAAUUAGGCAAUGCUUGGAGAGGAUUCCUGCGGCUCUUCUCUACACACCCAUAUCGGGGUGUCACCGCACCUACAAGCCACGCGGCAGCCGCAGAGCAGCAGGAUUCAUACCUGGCGCCGGCAGCACAAGCGUAUUCCGUGGACACGCCGCCUAAAGGUCCUCUGAUCCAACGUCACGCGCAUCCGCUGCCGCGUCACGGUCUAUAUAAGGACUCAGCUCAAAUUUCGGGACAACCGUGGACGGCACAUCGUCAACAAAGAUACGGGAGGCCGUUUGACCCUGAAAAAUACUCUUGA